GAAUUGGAAAAAGAAAAGAAAAGAAAAGAAAGGCAGAAAGUAAACCCUCUUCUUUGUCUCGCUCCUUUUUUAACUUGUCUCUCUCGCUCUCUCUCCCUGCUAAAACCUAAUCUCUCUCUAUCUCUCUCUCGGUCCUCGGUCAUGGCAACCACUGAAGCUACCCAGAACGGCUCCACGACCGCUACACAGUCCGACCCUCAAACAGUCCCAUCCGAAGCCCCCACCGCUACAACAGCAACCGAACCCGAACCCGAACCCGAGUCCGAGCCAAUAAAUCCGGAUUUGGAGUCGGAGUCUCCAUCCGCCGACAAGAAAUGGCCGGGUUGGCCAGGUGACUGUGUGUUCCGGCUGAUAGUUCCAGUCCUCAAAGUGGGUAGCAUCAUAGGGCGCAGAGGCGAUCUCAUCAAGAAGAUGUGCGAAGAAACCCGCGCUCGCAUUCGCGUCCUCGACGGGGCCCUCGGCACUCCUGAUCGCAUUGUGCUGAUAUCGGGAAAGGAAGAGCCAGAGGCUGCUCUCUCGCCUGCAAUGGAUGCGGUAAUACGGAUUUUCAAAAGGGUCUCUGGAUUACCUGAGAAUGAGGGUGGUGAUGGUAAAACAUCAGGAGCUGCUGGUUUGGCGUUUUGUUCUAUUCGUUUAUUGGUGGCAUCCACACAAGCCAUUAAUUUGAUUGGAAAGCAAGGCUCGUUAAUUAAGUCUAUACAGGAGAGUACCGGUGCUUCUGUCAGAGUAUUGUCCGGAGAUGAGGUGCCAUUCUAUGUUGCCACAGAUGAGAGGAUUGUGGAAGUGCAGGGAGAAACUUUGAAGGUUCUCAAAGCUCUAGAAGCAGUAGUGGGUCACCUUAGGAAGUUUUUGGUUGAUCAUAGUGUUCUUCCACUGUUUGAAAAGAGUUAUGCUGCACCAGCACCUGUCUCACAAGAUCGCAUAGUUGAUACCUGGCCAGACAAGUCCUUACUGCAUAGUGCUUCUCAAACUGCAAUUCCCACUGAUUAUCCUCUCUCAAUGUCCACAAAGAAGGAUUCUCUAUUCCUAGAUCGUGAAACUCGUUUGGAGUCUCAACUCUCGGCCACUGGAAUUUCACUCUAUGGACAAGAUCCUACAAUUUCUGGGAUUCGUUCUUCAGGACUUGGUCGUACUGGUGCUCCUAUUGUUACUCAGAUUACACAAACAAUGCAAAUCCCAUUAUCUUAUGCUGAGGCUAUCCUUGGGACUAAAGGGACCAAUAUUGCACUCAUUCGUCGUAGUAGUGGAGCAUUCUUAACCGUGCAAGAGAGCAGGGGACUACCUGAUGAAAUUACUGUGGAAAUUAAAGGAACCUCAUCGCAGGUUCAGACAGCUCAACAUAUGAUUCAGGAAGCUAUAAAUAGUCACAAUGAACCCGUUACAAGCAGCUAUGGAGGUCUAGAUUCUGGUUUGAGGUAUUCCUACUCUCAGUUGGGCAGUACAUCUUACCCUUCAUCUUCGUUUUCCUCACAAUCAUAUGGUGGGUAUGGAUCUUCGAGUUUAGGAGGCUACAGUGCUUUCAGGCUUUGAGGUGAUGAAAGACUAAUGGCAAAUUCGUACGUGUGGACUAAUUUCUUUCCAAUUAAUUCUGAUUAGAGAAGACUAAAUUCCGAAUAUAGUUUGUGUAAAGUCACCAGAAGUGGUUUCUGCCCUGAUUUUAUGUAAUACAGUUAUGAUCUGUGAGUAAUUUUCGGGUGGCUAAGCUUGAAAAGAGGGACAGAAAAUGUAAUGAGAUAGUAGUGAUUUUCCUUAUGGUCCUAAAA